CUCCGACUUUCUUUUCGUUAGAAUUCUUGCAUCCACUUAAAGAACCAUUUGAACUUGUAUUUAAGAUUUAAAGAGUCUAAAACGGUCAUUUAUAGCUCGAGUCGGCAAUUUGAGCUUCUGGAAAAGCUGGACUCAUGCGCAUUGACAGAGGUGGUGUAUUAUUGUUCGGAGAAUGGUAAUUAAACACUUGCAUGUCAGUCCUUCAGAAACGCACUUGAAGUCAGCGGUGAGUAGAAAAGGUGCAUUAACAGCCGAUAACUUCUCUGUCAUGUGGAAAUAGAUCUCUCGGACCUACCCAAAGUGGACUUUGGAGGUGAUAUUGGAGACUAGUUGAGCUAUGUGAAGCGAGCGUCGUUGUGGUGCAUGGAAAUUUCGCUCGUUUUUGCGUGAGAUUCGCGGACUGUGGAAUCAAUGUGGUGUUCGCCGAAAAUACGUGUGGCCCGAAACUCACCUAAACGGAGAGAUUCGACAGUGAGGUGCGUCGGAUGCUUAUGGCAGAGUGUGUAGGUUGACACGUCUUGGGAGUGAUGCACUGGCUUCCCCUGGUUGCCAUGGUGAUCGCCUCGGCCCUGCCUUUCCCUCAAAGUCCUGUGCCCAGGCUUGUUGCCGCGACGAUAGAGCCUGGCAGAAACAACAGCAGCAGCAUGCUGGUCAACUCACCAGUACACAAUAGCUCCCAUGAUGCUACUUUACACAACAACAGCAAAACCAACAAUUUGAACUACAGCAGACAUGACAAAGCUCCUCAUAGAACAAUUAAUACACAUGAGCAGAGCAAAGUAACAGACAGCACAUUUACAAAUGGGGAGAACCAGAUAUCCAAGGGUAAAGCAAAUCAAGAAAAUAAUUUACUAGAACACAUAUUUUACAAUAGCACAAAAAAGCAGGACCACACCGGUGGAGGUAGGACUACCAGAGAAGAUGCCUCCAGGACACAUGAUCACAGGGAAUACAAAUCACAAAAACAUGUGGCCAAAAUGGCCACCCGAGACAGUUCUCAUAGCAAUAACAUUCUCAAAGACUAUCAACUUAGCCAAUUUCACGAAGAAAGCAGUACUGAGUCAGAGAACUCUCUUAAAGAUGACAGGAACACCAGAAGUAAGCUGAAAGACGAGGAUCUUGAUGGUUCUAAGAUGACAAAAAUAUCUCUGGAGACGUUUCCAAUCCAGGAAGUUUCGCAAUCGGAUGGUGGCAGAAAUGGAGGAAUGCUGGCAGAGCAAGAUCGAGUAAGAGCCGAGGUAAAGGCAAUGAAGUUGCUAGAGGAAGGGCUGGAAGACGUAGGCCUAUGGGAAGAUGAUCAGAUGCUUUUACUGGACGCCCAUCCCCGGGUUCUCUUCUCCCCUGCCCUUUCCCCACCCAAACACCCACCUUUGCUCUUAAUGCUGGAGUUAGGCUUGCUGGCUGAUGAUGUAGAGGAAAACCACUUGAUGGACUUAACCCCAUCCAGACAGGGAGGCGACCGAGAGACAUACAGGAACUUACUGUUAGGUCUCUCUGAUUCUGAUGGUCCCUUUUCUUCAUUCACAUUCUCCCAUGACCCGAACACACUAGUCCGCCGCAAGCGACAAAUUGGCCACAGCGCACAAGGCCGCGAACGUUCGGUAUGCGAGGCCGAAAACGUGUGGGUGACGGACAAGAAGACCGCAAUAGACCACCGGAGCAAAACGGUCACGGUGCUGCCAGAGGUCCAGACCCAGACGGGCCCGCUAAAGCAGUACUUCUUUGAAACGAGGUGCCGUAAGCCGUCUCAGCAGGGUACAGGGGAAGGGCAAGGGGUGGAGGGGGCCGGCUGCUUGGGGGUGGAUAAGAGACACUGGAUGAGCAAGUGUGAAACCAAGCAGUCGUUUGUGCGUGCGCUUACCUCUGAUGACAAUAAGAGAGUAGGCUGGAGGUGGAUCCGUAUUGACUCGUCUUGUGUGUGUGUGCUGCUCACUAGAGGAACAUACAACACAGAGAGGGGAAGGGAGCGAGAAGGGAGAAGGUACAGAUAAUCUCGACUGUCUGUUCUGUUCCUCCAGCGAACAUAUGUUCCUCUCAGUCUGUCCACUAUGAGGGGAAUUUCUUUUCCAGAUGUUCCUGCAUAUCACUCUACAAAAUCUUAUCACUGUACCCCAGUGUCCCGCUGAGGGAUGGUUCAUGCAAAAAUGAUGUCACUUGAAUGCCAUAUGACUUUUCAUAUGCACAAAAGGAGAUGUUUAGGAAAAAUCCACAGGCUAUUCUUUACUUUAUAAUGAAAGAGAAUGGUGUUCCACCCUGUCAAGCUCCAAAAAGGCCAAAACAUACCAUAAAAGUAGCGCAAGCUUGUGCGCUAUAUUCUAGAUCUUUUAAAGCUAUUUUCUAAUUUAAGUAGUGUACACUUUCCCUUCCAUCUUAAACUCUCCUGGUGCAUUUAUCAUGGCUCAUUUUAACUGGUCUACUAUAUAUCUACCAUCUCUCACAAGGCCAGUUUGCUAACUGUAUACUCACCCAAACAAGGAAACCUCAAUGAUUUAGGUCAGGUUGAUUUUUUUUUUUCAACAUUCUUUUCUGAUACUGUUACAGUACAGUUGUUUUAUUGUAUCAAUAGUAUACAGACAAUAAGUUAUUUCUUUUUAGGUAGUAUGUAAGCAUAAGUACUUGAUAUUAAUAUAUUUCGUUAUAAAUGUACAAUUUGUGAAACAUAUCAGUGCAAGUAUGCAUACCUGUAUAUGUGUAUUUAUAUCAACAAAAAUAUGAGGACUUGUUAUUGGCCAGCAGAAUUUUUCAUUUUAGAUGAAGGCUUUCUCAUAUCCCUCUGGAUGUGUGAUCUUCAAGUACCUGCCACACAUGGAUUCAGUAUCGUUUGCAUCUUGGAAUUAUUGUUCACCAUUGGACAGUUCCCACUGACAACUGACAUUACACACACAUACUGUACAAUACAAAUAUACUGUACAAAAUGUGUGUUGGAUGACAAGAGCUUUUGUCAGAAUACCUGUUCACUGUAUGAAGAAAGGCAUGGAGUCCAGCUGUACAUGGGUUUGAUGUCAUUUUUUAUAUUGAGUCAUUGUAAUUAAGUAUUACUUGUAAUCUUUGUAAAGUAGAUACUUUUGUAUAUGAAAAUAAAACUUUUUAAAAGUAGUUCUAUUUUUUGUAAAUAAAAAAGCAACAGAGGACGUCUAUAGUCUCAAUGGAGAUCAAUGUUACAGUAUAAACAAUUUACAGGCACAUUUUCACAUUUCUCGCCUCCUCAUAGAAACACACUUUCAUUCUGCUACAGACAUCGAUGCGUCAAUAGAAAUUAUUGCCCAAAUCCAAACACAAGUUAGCAUCUCAAAAGCAUGAGCACACUGAAAUCUUUAGUACCAUUAGGAACACUUUAUUUUAUUUAGAUUUUCAUCAUUUUCAUCAUCAUCAUUAUCAUUGUUGUUUAUUUUGCAGACAUCAUUUUUAAUUUGAAUCACUGUCAUCCUCAUCAACAGUAAUGGUUUGUUUUAAAUCAUAACACAAUUGUUUUUGUUGUCAAAAUGUACACAUACAAGUAGCAUAUUUUAAUGACCAUGUCUUCAAUAUUUCAUAUUUACGCUUUAAACUAGAUCAAAUUAAAUUAGUCAGAAUUAAGUAUUAAAUGAACAUGUACAUACAGUUAUUCAAUACAUACAUACAUAAAGAAAAUAAAUAUAGUUAUCAUAAAAAUAAAAAAUAAAAAUGAAAAUACACACAUUUUACAAAUUGUUCCCCAAGCUCUUAAACUCAUAUGUUAAAUGUACACAUAGUUUUUAUUUUCACGUCAUAUUGUCUUUUUCCCCUAAAAGUUUUAGUUCGUUGUCAUCUUGGUUGUUUGACAUGCAUCGCAACACAUAAGCUAAACAAUUUCUUUCUCUUCUUUUUCCCUGCCCCUUCCUCCCCCUCCCUUUUUUCCUCCUUGAUACAGUUUUCUUUUAUGGCUUGCGUUGUUAGAUUGAUUGUGUCCAUCAGGACACUUCAGGACGCUCGUUUCUGCUGG